AUGCUCCCCAGUGCCGUAGCUGCCCACGCCGGCGCGUACUGGGACAUGGUGGCUUCCUCCGCGCUCCUCAACUUCCCCGCAGCGCCCGGCUUUGGCAACCUGGGCAAGAGUUUCCUGAUCGAGAACUUGCUGCGGGCUGGGGGCGCCCCGCCACCAGGGCUGCCACCGCCCCCGCCCCACGGACCGGCUGCCGCCCUAGCCACGGCUGCCGCCGCCACCGCCACCGCAGGCGCGCAGGUCCGGUCCCUGCCUGCCAGUCCCGUUCCCCUGAAGCUGUGCCCUGCUGCCGAACAAGUCAACCCCGGCUCAGCGCCCUUUGGCACGCGGUGGGCUUUUCAAGUGCUCAGCCCCUCGGCGGACGGCGCAAGGCUACCGGGCCGGGCUUCAGCGGACCGAGACUGUACCUUUCAUCCGUCAGCCCCAGCGCCUUCCAAACCCUUUUUCCUGAGCGCCCCGCCAUUCUACUCCGCGUGCUGCGGUGGGUCCUGUCGGCGCCCUGCAUCCCCCACUGCUUUUCCAAGAGAGGAGAAUGUGCUGCCUCUCCUGACACAGGACUCUAAUUCCAAAACUCGGAGGGGUAUUUUAAGAAGAGCCGUCUUUUCUGAGGACCAGAGAAAGGCUCUGGAGAAAAUGUUUCAGAAGCAGAAAUAUAUCAGCAAAAUAGACCGAAAGAAACUUGCCAUCAACUUGGGACUGAAGGAAUCACAGGUGAAAAUUUGGUUUCAGAACAGAAGGAUGAAAUGGCGGAAUUCCAAAGAAAAGGAAGUGCUUUCCAACAGGUGUAUCCAAGAAGCAGGCCUUCAAGAGGACCCCCUCUCGCGACCUGCCCUUGGCUUCCCUUCUCCAUGUCCUUCACUCUGGGACGUCCCCCAACCGCACUCCAGUCCAAGAUGGAGGGAGAAUUCGCCAGAACCUCCAGAAAGACUCAUACAGGAGGGUUCAGGGGCACAACCUCCGGAAGCAAAUUCACUGCAAGGUGCCUUAUAUUUGUGUUCUGAAGAAGCUGGAGGCAAGGGUGUACUUACUGGGGCCGUCUGA